UUAUUUCCACUCUCUCUCUUUCUUUCUCUCUGUCAUCUAUAAACAGAUCAACCCUACCUUGCUCCACAGAGUGUGCGAAUUUUUGAGAUAUUUUUGUGCUGAGAAAUAAUGAAGUGUUGUUUGGUUUUGUGUUGGAUUUGAGAUAGUGAUAGAUCAACUACUAUAUAUAUAUAUAUGGAGAAGGAUAACAUGGAUUUGAAGAAGACUGAGGAUGCUGUUGCUUUUGGAUCCUCAAACGGUUAUUAUAAUAAUCCGUUGUUAUUGUCGAGUGCGUUUGAUUUCAGCUGUGAAGUGGAGAAAAGCUCGUUUAUGGAGUUGCUGGGAGUGCAGGACUACUAUAAUAAUAGUGGUGCUGUGCUUGAUUUACCACAGUUAUCAAAAGCUACAGUUCUUCCUUUUACCACGGUUAACGCUUCUUGUGACGAUACUGCUAAAGAGUGUUCUGAAGUGUUGAACCAGAAGCACCAACCUGCAACUCCAAAUUCGUCUUCGAUUUCGUCCGCGUCGAGCGAAGCUGUCAACGAUGAACACAAUAAAAUUGUAGAACAAGAUGAUGAUGAUAGUGAAGAAGAUGAAGAAGAAGAAGAGCAGCUGAAAGAGACUAAGAAAGAGUUGAAGGCAAAGAAGACAAAGCAGAAGAGACAGAGAGAACCGAGAUUCGCGUUCAUGACGAAAAGCGAGGUCGAUCAUCUGGAAGACGGUUACAGAUGGAGAAAGUACGGUCAAAAGGCUGUCAAAAACAGCCCCUUUCCAAGGAGCUAUUAUCGUUGCACCAGUGCUUCAUGUAAUGUAAAGAAGCGUGUGGAGCGGUCAUUUACUGAUCCAAGCGUUGUGGUAACUACCUAUGAAGGCCAACACAUACAUCCAAGCCCAGUUAUGCCUCGUUCAGCCAUUGCCGGCGUUGGAUCUCCGAUGAUACCGCCGGCUGUCUCCACUCCCAACUUGGGUCCUCUCAUGCCUGGAAACUACAUGUCACACUAUCAUCAGCAUCGCCACCACCACCAACAACUACUAGUGAAUACAUUGUUCUCUUUGGGCAUCCCUUACAACAAUAGCAACAAUAUUGAUAACUCUUCUUUUUCUCAAGACAAUGGGCUUCUUCAAGAUAUUGUUCCUUCACACAUGUUGAAAGAGAAGUAGUUGAGAGAUGCAUUAUGAUAUAUAGAUGUGAUUAGUUAUUAUUUUUAAUUUUAG